GCAAACGUGUUUCUAAUCUCACUAUGGCGGAGGAGAAGUUUCUUUUACCGCCGCCCAAAUUUCAGGAUGAGGUGAAGAAAAGUUACGGUAAUUUUAGCCGCCAUCUGAAUCCUCAUUUCUCGACGCCGAACGGAAUGCUGCUAACGCGUGAUAAACAACCGCCACCGAUGUACGGGCCACGUGGUUCUACCGUUCCACCACGGUUCCUGAGCAAUCCACGGAAACGGCAGGCAGGGGCUUAUGCACCGGACCAGGGCAAUAAUUGGCAAAGGCAACCGGGUGCUUUUCAGAACAAUUAUCGUGCCAAAUUCAAACAUAACGAUGGAGGUGGUGGACACAAUCGAUCAGCACGUCCACCAAGCAAUGGGCUGGAUAAAGAGGUUAAACCAGAAUUUUUAGUUCUGGACUGGAAACUGUGGUGCGAAGGAUGUGAUGUAAAUUGUCGUUCGGAAGAAGAAUACCAGCAGCACAUUACAAAUCACACACCGUGUUCCGUGCCUAGUUGUAAGUUCGUUGGACAUCCGAUGAUCAUGAAACGACAUGAACGUCAAACACACAAGGACGAAAAAAAUGCAAAGGAUCUUCCAGCAGCACCAUCAUCGGAAGAGAUUGAACAAUGGAAGGAAGAACGCCGGAAGCGGUAUCCUACGAAGCAGAACGUAAUCCUACGCCAGCAUGCACAGGAAGCAAGGUUCAAUCGCGGUGAACGUAUUGAGGAGAAUAAGGAUCGUUUUCCCAACCGACAUUCAACGACGAAAGGUGAAUCUAAUGAAAACGGCCAAAGGAGGGAGAUGGCUUCGAAUGGGAGAAAGUAUAAACGGUCAAGGGGCAGAAAAAGGUCAGCUUUUCCGGUAGCAGUAGCGGUAGUUGCGGAAACAACGGGUAGAAUAUCUUUCAACGGAACUUCAACGUUGAAGGAUUAUAAAGAUCCGUCAAAUAAUGCCUUGGCUAUGCUCGGGGACUACGGAUCAGGCAGUGAAAGUAAUUCAGAUGUAGAAGAACAGACGGAAGAUAAAGCUGAUCCGGUGAAAACGAUCAUCGAAUCCAUAGUGCAGCCGGAAAGUGUACUCAGCGAUGGAGAAAUAGUACACGAUGAAGUGAUCAACGGCGACAACAACCAUUGUCCGAAACAAUUGGAACAGACUCUUGCUGAUAACGAAGAUAAAUCGAUAGGUACGGAAAAAGGUCCCAAAAAAGCAACAAAUGUCAUCAACGUUACUACUUCACAAGCUCCGGAAAAUAAUGUUCCGGGUGGAUCAACUCAAGACGUAUUGUGUCGCCCAGUGCUGAAAGGAGCUAAACAAGCUUCCAAAAGUGAGCACAAUUCAAAAGACAAAAAAGUAGUUAAACCCAAUCGCCCACUAUUGAACUAUUCCAAACUUCGACGAUCGAACCAGAACACAAUGUUGGAGAAGUUGCUCGACUCCGAUAUACGGCAUGAGCGGAACGUGUUGCUGCAGUGUGUGCGACACAUACUGUUGAACAAAUUUUUCGGAAUAGGACAAACGAAUGAAGAAAAUGUAGCCACCGUUAGCGACGAUGUAAAGGAAUAAAAUAUACGUUUUUAUUGAAUAU